AUGAUGUUUGGAAGGAGCUUCCCGUUCUAUAAUUCUCUCGGCGGGUUUUAUCCACAGAGUCUAGAUGCGAGAAAGCCUCCCGGCUCUGGUUACACCAGCAAAGUCCGUGUGCGCGAUAGAUACCACAUCGUGGGAUUUAUCAGCAGUGGUACUUAUGGCCGGGUCUACAAGGCCAUUGGCAAAAAUGGCCAGAAGGGGGAAUUCGCGAUUAAAAAGUUCAAGCCGGAUAAAGAAGGCGAAAUAAUUCAGUAUACCGGUCUUUCCCAGUCGGCCAUCCGAGAAAUGGCCUUGUGCUCAGAAUUGGACCAUCCCAAUGUAGUGCAAUUGGCAGAAAUCAUCCUGGAGGACAAGUGUAUCUUCAUGGUCUUUGAGUACACCGAGCAUGAUCUGCUCCAGAUUAUUCAUCAUCAUACCCAACCGCAAAGGCACGCCAUUCCGGCCUUGAUGGUGAGGUCGAUCCUGUUUCAGCUGCUCAAUGGCCUACUGUAUCUCCACACCAACUGGGUACUGCAUCGGGACCUUAAACCAGCAAAUAUCUUGGUGACCUCAAGUGGUGCCAUUCGCAUCGGAGACUUGGGACUUGCCCGUCUCUUCUACAAGCCACUCAACUCUCUAUUUUCUGGAGACAAGGUUGUCGUCACCAUCUGGUACCGUGCCCCCGAGCUCUUGAUGGGUAGUCGUCACUACACACCAGCUGUUGACUUGUGGGCCGUCGGGUGCAUUUUUGCGGAGCUGCUAUCGCUCCGCCCCAUCUUUAAGGGUGAGGAAGCCAAGAUGGACAGUAAAAAGACGGUGCCAUUCCAGCGCAAUCAGAUGAUGAAGAUCAUCGAGAUUAUGGGGCUUCCAACCAAGGAGAUCUGGCCUGGCAUCGUGUCCAUGCCGGAAUAUUCGCAGCUGCAGUCAUUGGCAAUGUCACGUGCACCUGGGCAUUUCAACAGAUCAUCUAAUUUGGAAGGCUGGUAUCAGAGUUGCCUGAAGAACAACGGGUACUCCGCCAACUCGAGUGCUGGCACACCCGGGGCAGAUGGUUUCGAUCUGCUGUCACGCCUACUGGAAUACGACCCGACCAAGAGAAUCACCGCGCAAGAAGCUCUCGAGCAUCCCUACUUUAAGAACGGGGGGCCUAUAUCCGCCAAUUGUUUCGAGGGAUUUGAGGGCAAGUAUCCUCAUCGCCGGGUGACACAGGAUGACAACGAUAUUCGCUCUGGUAGCCUACCUGGCACGAAGCGCAGCGGAUUGCCUGAUGAUAGUCUGUUGGGAAGGGCAACUAAGCGCUUGAAAGAGUGA